GCACGGCAGGAACAUGGCGCGCGGGAGCGGUGCGCGCGCCUAGCUGGCGGGACCGUUAGCUCUAGGCAGACGCCGACGGGGCCCCGCGGGGAUGGAACAGCCGCCGCCUCUGGCGUCCGAGCCGGCCUCGGCGCGGAGCCGCAGGCGGCGGGAGCCCGAGUCUCCGCCGGCGCCGAUUCCUCUCUUUGGUGCUAGGACUGUUGUCCAGAGAAGCCCUGACGAGCCAGCACUGAGCAAAGCUGAGUUUGUUGAGAAAGUUCGUCAGAGUAACCAGGCCUGUCAUGAUGGAGACUUCCACACGGCUAUCGUGCUGUACAACGAAGCCCUGGCAGUUGACCCUCAGAACUGCAUUUUGUAUAGCAACAGAUCUGCAGCCUACAUGAAAACCCAGCAGUACCACAAGGCGCUGGACGAUGCGAUCAAAGCCCGGCUCCUCAACCCCAAGUGGCCAAAGGCAUACUUCCGACAGGGUGUUGCCCUCCAGUACCUUGGACGUCACGCGGACGCCCUGGCAGCCUUUGCAUCUGGACUGGCUCAAGACCCCAAAAGUCUCCAGCUCCUGGUGGGAAUGGUGGAAGCUGCCAUGAAGUCUCCCAUGAGAGACACCCUGGAGCCCACUUACCAGCAGCUUCAGAAAAUGAAACUGGACAAGAGUCCCUUUGUGGUCGUGUCUGUGGUUGGGCAGGAACUCCUGACAGCCGGCCACCACGGGGCCUCCGUGGUUGUCUUAGAAGCUGCCCUGAAGAUUGGCACUUGCAGCCUCAAACUGAGAGGCUCUGUCUUCUCCGCCCUGAGCAGCGCACACUGGUCCCUUGGCAACACAGAGAAGAGCACGGGGUACAUGCAGCAAGACUUGGAUGUAGCCAAGACCUUAGGUGACCAGACAGGAGAAUGCCGAGCUCAUGGGAACCUAGGCUCUGCAUUCUUUUCCAAGGGGAAUUACCGAGAGGCCCUCACAAACCACAGGCAUCAGCUGGUGCUCGCCAUGAAGCUCAAGGACCGGGAGGCAGCAUCGUCAGCGCUGAGCAGCCUGGGUCACGUGUACACCGCCAUCGGAGACUACCCCAACGCGCUGGCCAGUCACAAGCAGUGCGUCCUCCUGGCCAAGCAGUCCAAAGAUGACCUUUCCGAAGCCCGAGAACUCGGGAACAUGGGAGCCGUGUACAUCGCCAUGGGCGACUUCGAGAACGCCGUGCAGUGCCACGAACAGCACCUGCGGAUCGCCAAGGAUCUGGGGAGCAAGCGCGAGGAGGCCCGUGCCUACAGCAACCUGGGCAGCGCCUACCACUACCGGAGGAACUUUGACAAGGCCAUGUCCUACCACAACUGUGUGCUGGAGCUGGCACAGGAGCUGAUGGAGAAGCCCAUCGAGAUGCGAGCCUACGCUGGCUUGGGCCAUGCAGCCAGGUGCAUGCAGGACCUGGAGAGGGCAAAACAGUACCACGAGCAGCAGCUGGGCAUUGCGGAGGACCUCAAGGACCGGGCAGCGGAGGGCCGCGCAUCCUCCAAUCUGGGGAUAAUCCACCAGAUGAAAGGAGAUUACGACACAGCCCUGAAGCUCCACAAGACCCACCUGUGCAUCGCCCAAGAGCUGAGCGACUACGCGGCCCAAGGCCGUGCCUACGGAAACAUGGGCAACGCCUACAACGCCCUGGGCAUGUACGACCAAGCUGUCAAGUACCAUCGUCAAGAGCUGCAGAUCUCCAUGGAAGUGAACGACCGCGCCUCUCAGGCUUCGACUCACGGGAACCUGGCCGUCGCCUACCAGGCCCUGGGGGCCCAUGACCGAGCGCUGCAGCACUACCAGAACCACCUGAACAUCGCCCGGGAGCUGAGAGACAUCCAGAGCGAGGCCCGGGCUCUCAGCAACCUCGGGAACUUCCACUGCUCCCGCGGAGAGUACGUCCAGGCUGCGCCCUACUACGAGCAGUACCUCCGCCUCGCUCCCGACCUCCAGGACAUGGAGGGGGAAGGGAAGGUCUGCCACAACCUCGGCUAUGCCCACUACUGCCUCGGAAACUACCAGGAGGCAGUGAAGUACUAUGAGCAGGAUCUGGCUCUGGCCAAAGACCUCCACGACAAACUGAGCCAGGCGAAGGCCUACUGCAACUUGGGCCUGGCGUUCAAGGCGCUGCUGAACUUUGCUAAGGCCGAGGAGUGCCAGAAGUACCUCCUGUCCCUAGCCCAGUCCCUGGAUAAUUCCCAGGCAAAGUUUCGAGCCCUAGGGAACCUGGGCGACAUAUUCAUCUGCAAAAAGGACGUAAACGGUGCGAUAAAGUUCUACGAGCAACAGCUGGGCCUAUCUCACCACGUGAAAGACAGACGGCUGGAGGCCAGUGCCUAUGCGGCCCUGGGUACCGCCUACCGAAUGGUCCAGAAGUACGACAAGGCCUUGGGUUAUCACACACAGGAGCUGGAGGUCUACCAGGAACUGAGUGACCUGCCAGGGGAGUGCCGGGCCCACGGGCACCUGGCGGCCGUCUACAUGGCCCUCGGCAAAUACACAAUGGCGUUCAAGUGUUACCAGGAGCAGCUGGAGCUGGGGCGGAAGCUGAAGGAGCCGAGCCUGGAAGCCCAGGUGUACGGCAACAUGGGCAUCACCAAGAUGAACAUGAACGUGAUGGAGGACGCCAUCGGCUACUUCGAGCAGCAGUUGGCCAUGCUGCAGCAGCUCAGCGGGAACGAGUCUGUGCUGGACAGGGGCCGGGCCUACGGCAACCUGGGGGAUUGCUACGAGGCCCUGGGGGACUACGAGGAGGCCAUCAAGUACUACGAGCAGUACCUGUCUGUAGCCCAAAGCCUGAACCGCAUGCAAGACCAAGCCAAGGCCUACCGGGGUCUAGGAAACGGGCACAGGGCGACGGGAAGCCUGCAGCAGGCCCUCGUGUGCUUCGAGAAGAGGCUGGUGGUGGCCCAUGAGCUCGGGGAGGCCUCCAAUAAAGCUCAGGCCUACGGAGAGCUGGGGAGCCUCCACAGCCAGUUAGGGAACUACGAGCAAGCCAUCUCCUGCCUUGAACGCCAGCUGAACAUCGCCAGGGACAUGAAGGACCGAGCCCUGGAAAGCGACGCAGCCUGCGGCCUGGGGGGUGUCUACCAGCAGAUGGGAGAGUACGACACAGCCCUGCAGUACCACCAGCUCGACCUGCAGAUUGCCGAGGAGACAGACAACCCCACGUGCCAGGGCCGGGCCUACGGGAACCUGGGUCUCACCUAUGAGUCCCUGGGCACCUUUGAGAGGGCUGUGGUCUAUCAGGAGCAGCACCUGAGCAUCGCGGCGCAGAUGAACGACUUGGUGGCCAAGACUGUGUCCUACAGCAGCCUGGGAAGGACUCACCAUGCCCUGCAGAACUAUUCGCAGGCCGUCAUGUACUUACAGGAAGGUUUAAGGUUAGCUGAGCAACUGGGUCGAAGAGAAGAUGAAGCAAAAAUUCGCCAUGGUCUUGGUCUCUCCCUUUGGGCAAGCGGAAACCUGGAGGAGGCUCAGCACCAGCUUUACAGGGCGUCGGCCUUGUUUGAAACGAUCCGGCACGAGGCACAGCUGAGCACAGACUACAAGCUCUCUCUGUUCGACCUGCAGACAUCAUCCUACCAGGCCUUGCAGCGGGUGCUCGUCAGCCUAGGCCACCACGAUGAAGCCCUGGCUGUAGCAGAAAGGGGCCGGACGAGAGCGUUCGCCGACCUGCUGGUGGAAAGACAGACGGGACAACAGGACUCUGACCCCUACUCGCCCAUCACCAUCGACCAGAUCUUGGAGAUGGUCAACGCGCAGCGGGGACUCGUGCUGUACUACUCCCUGGCCGCAGGCUACCUCUACAGCUGGCUUCUUGCUCCUGGGGCGGGGAUCCUGAAGUUUCACGAACAUUACUUGGGUGAUAAUUCGGUGGAAAGUUCCAGUGAUUUCCAAGCCGGUGGCAGUGCAGCCUUGCCCGUAGCAACCAGCUCUACACUGGAACAGCACAUCGCCAGCGUCCGGGAGGCCCUGGGGGUGGAGUCUUACUACUCCAGGGCCUGUGCUAGCAGUGAGACAGAAAGCGAAGCUGGAGACAUCAUGGAACAGCAGUUGGAGGAGAUGAACAAGCAGCUUAACUCGGUGACCGACCCUACGGGCUUCCUGAGGAUGGUGCGCCACAACAACCUCCUGCACAGGAGCUGCCAGAGCAUGACAAGCUUGUUCAGUGGUACAGUGUCGCCCAGCAAGGAUGGGACCUCCUCUCUGCCCAGGAGGCAGAACUCCCUGGCCAAGCCCCCACUCCGCGCCCUGUACGAUCUGCUCAUCGCGCCCAUGGAAGGGGGCCUGAUGCACUCCAGCGGCCCCGUGGGCCGGCACCGGCAGCUGGUCCUGGUUCUGGAGGGGGAGCUCUACCUUGUCCCCUUUGCUCUCCUGAAGGGCAGUGCCUCCAACGAGUACCUGUACGAACGCUUUACCCUCAUUGCUGUGCCCGCCGUCCGCUCGCUUGGUCCACACUCCAAGUGUCACCUGAGGAAGACCCCGCCCACGUAUUCCAGCUCCACUGCCAUGGCAGCCGUCAUAGGCAACCCUAAGCUCCCAUCAGCAGUGAUGGACAGGUGGCUGUGGGGACCGAUGCCCUCGGCAGAAGAGGAGGCAUUCAUGGUGUCAGAGCUCCUGGGCUGUCAGCCCCUGGUGGGCAGUAUGGCCACCAAGGAGAGGGUCAUGAGUGCCCUGUCCCAGGCCGAAUGUGUCCACUUUGCUACCCACGUCUCUUGGAAGCUAUCGGCCUUGGUCCUCACACCCAGCACGGAGGGCAACCCCGCCAGCAGCAAGAGCUCCUUUGGCCACCCCUACACGAUCCCCGAGUCACUGCGGGUGCAGGACGAUGCGAGCGAUGUCGAGAGCAUCUCGGACUGCCCGCCACUGAGGGAGCUGCUGCUCACAGCGGCUGACCUCCUGGACCUGCGGCUGUCCAUGAAACUGGUGGUGCUGAGCUCGUCCCAGGAGGCCAACGGCCGCGUCACAGCAGACGGCCUGGUGGCACUGACACGGGCCUUCCUGGCUGCUGGCGCCCAGUGUGUGCUUGUGGCUCUGUGGCCUGUGCCGGUCGCAGCUUCCAAGAUGUUCGUUCACGCCUUCUACUCGUCCCUGCUGAAUGGCCUGAAAGCCAGCGCCUCCCUGGGCGAGGCCAUGAAGGCGGUGCAGAGCAGCAAGGCCUUCUCGCAUCCCUCCAACUGGGCAGGUUUCAUGCUUAUCGGGAGUGACGUCAAGCUGAACAGCCCCUCAUCACUCAUCGGCCAAGCGCUCACAGAGAUCCUGCAGCACCCGGAGCGGGCACGGGAUGCCCUGCGCGUGCUGCUGCACCUGGUGGAGAAGUCCCUGCAGCGGAUCCAGAACGGACAGCGCAACGCCAUGUACACAUCUCAGCAGAGCGUCGAGAACAAAGUGGGCGGCAUCCCUGGAUGGCAGGCUCUCCUCACCGCAGUGGGCUUCCGGCUGGACCCUGCAGCCAGCGGGCUGCCGGCAGCCGUCUUCUUCCCAACCGCGGACCCAGGCGACAGGCUGCAGCAAUGCAGUAGCACUCUCCAGGCCCUGCUGGGUCUGCCCAACCCAGCCCUCCAAGCACUGUGCAAACUCAUCACGGCCUCAGAGACGGGGGAGCAGCUCAUCAGCCGGCUCCAUCAGGUGCUGGUUCAGCUGCAGGCCUGCGAGAAGGAACAGGACUUUGCCUCGGCUCCCAUUCCAGUCUCCCUCAGUGUCCAGCUAUGGCGGCUCCCGGGGUGCCACGAGUUCCUGGCAGCUCUCGGGUUUGACCUGUGUGAAGUGGGCCAAGAGGAAGUGAUCCUGAAAACUGGUAAACAGGCUAGCCGGCGCACCACCCACUUCGCUCUCCAGUCCCUGCUGUCACUCUUCGAUUCCACCGAGCUCCCCAAGCGCCUCAGCCUGGACAGUUCCUCCUCCCUGGAGUCCCUGGCAUCAGCACAGUCUGUGUCCAACACCCUGCCCUUGGGCUACCAGCACCCUCCUUUCUCGCCCACGGGCGCAGACAGCAUUGCCUCCGAUGCCAUCUCCGUGUACAGCCUCAGCUCGAUCGCAUCCUCCAUGAGUUUUGUCUCCAAGCCCGAGGGGGGUUUGGAAGGCGGGGGUCCCCGAGGACGACAGGACUAUGAUAGGUCCAAGAGCACCCACCCGCAACGAGCCACCCUGCCACGGCGCCAGACGUCCCCACAGGCCAGACGUGGGGCCAGCAAGGAAGAAGAAGAAUACGAGGGGUUCUCCAUCAUCAGCAUGGAGCCUCUGGCAACCUACCAAGGUGAGGGGAAGACACGUUUCUCCCCAGACCCCAAGCAGCCCUGUGUCAAAGCACCAGGUGGCGUGAGACUUUCGGUCAGCUCCAAGGGAAGCGUCAGCACUCCCAACUCCCCCGUGAAGAUGACCUUGAUCCCCAGCCCAAACUCACCCUUCCAGAAAGUGGGAAAACUGGCAAGCUCAGACACAGGUGAGUCGGACCAGUCCAGCACGGAGACCGACAGCACUGUGAAGUCCCAGGAGGAGAGCACCCCAAAGCUGGACCCCCAGGAGCUGGCCCAGAGGAUCCUAGAGGAGACCAAAAGCCACCUCCUGGCAGUAGAGCGCCUUCAGAGGAGUGGUGGCCCAGCCAGCCCUGACCGGGAUGAUAACAUGGUAGCACCCAGCAGCACCACAGUCUUCAGGGCGUCAGAGACCAGCGCCUUCAGCAAGCCUAUCCUCUCUCAUCAGAGGAGCCAGCUGUCGCCACUCACAGUCAAACCACAGCCCCCAGCCAGGAGCUCAUCUCUUCCCAAGGUGAGCAGCCCUGCCACGUCAGAGGUGUCAGGCAAAGAUGGCCUGAGCCCUCCUGGCAGCAGCCACCCGUCACCUGGCCGCGACACCCCAGUCUCCCCAGCAGACCCACCACUCUUCAGACUCAAGUACCCCAGCUCUCCUUACAGUGCUCACAUUUCCAAGUCCCCCCGGAACACUUCCCCUGCGUGCAGCGCGCCGUCUCCAGCACUCUCGUACUCUUCAGCCGGCUCUGCUCGAUCCAGUCCAGCUGAUGCCCCAGAUGAGAAGGUGCAGGCCGUGCACAGCCUCAAGAUGCUCUGGCAGAGCACACCCCAGCCCUCCAGGGGCCCCCGGAAAACAUGUCGGGGUGCACCGGGAACCUUAACAUCAAAAAGAGAUGUCCUCAGCCUGCUGAACUUGUCCCCUCGGCACGGCAAGGAGGAGGGUGGGGCAGACAGACUGGAACUGAAGGAGCUGUCCCUGCAGCGACGCGACGAGGUGCCACCCAAAGUCCCCACCAACGGCCACUGGUGCACGGAUACAGCAACACUGACCACAGCCGGUGGCCGCAGCACCACAGCUGCCCCACGCCCUCUGAGACUUCCCUUGGCCAACGGUUACAAGUUCCUGUCCCCAGGAAGGCUCUUCCCUUCCUCCAAAUGUUAAAGCAGCUUCUUGCCCCCAACUCAGCGCACACUCCAGCCAGAGUCCCGGGGCCGCUCACACAGUGCGGUCACCCACCCACACAGCCACCGAUACCAUCCCUCCCUGGACAGGAGGGCUCCCUGGGCAAGGUCACUGCCACACCAAAUGCCACUGUACUCACAGGUAGCCCCUGGGCCAGAUUCACCCAAAGCAGGUCUCGCGUGGGCUAUGGCAGCGCCUUCUCUGCCUCCUCGCCCCUGCUUGAGUUAGGCUCCUGCCACAGGGUUUGCUACUAAGUCUCUAUGCAUACCUUUCCUUCAGGAGCGCAGAGAAGCUCUCUUGGGCUUCCAGGUGCUGGUGGGAGAUCUAACGCUCCAAGUCAAGUUCUGCACUGACGCAUUACAUUAGCCAAAAGGAGAACUAUGCUUUUCAAAAUGCCAAUUUCUUGUGAUUUAAAUUGUAGCCAUUUCUGGUGGAUACCGAAGUCACAGCCACAAUGCAAUAACUCGCGUUGAAAGCUUGCAUCCCCAGCUGCUCCCCGUGAGCGAGGCCAGGGUCCUUUCUGACCCCACUGUUGGCCAAACUUGAAUUUUUCUUAAAAAAAAAUAAUAGAAAUAAAAAUUCUGUACUCUUGUCCAGGCAUUUUAGAACUAUGCAAUUGUGGUUUAAAACACAACAUUGUGCUUUUAAAACAUAACUGACCUUUUUUCUACAUGGACAAACACUUGGUUUUAUUAUCGAUAGUACUUUGCAUUUAUAGCCAUUAUUUUUAAAAGCUGGAGAAAUUUUAAAUGUCAAAUUUUGAAUAUUCAUCCAUAAGUAGAAAUCAAGUUUUCCUGGGGGUAUGGUUGAAAUUAUUCACUUUCCUUAAAGAAAAAGAGAGAAAGAGGAAAAAAAAAAGAAAAAGAAAAAGAAAAAAAACAGAAAACAAACAAAAAUCCAGUCAGUCCCCUGGCUAGCAAGACCGGAACCCCUGCCGUGUUAUCAGCUGCCUUGCUGUCUCUGUCUCUCCUCUUCCCCUGCAGAGCUCUCCUCUCUUGGUCACCAGGCCCCGCUGGCUGCCACUCACCAGGUCAGUCUUUGCACACACUGCACCACCCCCAGGCCAGGCGA